UAAUUAAUUAACUUCGAGAAAAAUGAGAAUCCAAAUUCUUCUUCAAGUCAUCAUGAUGUUAUUCUUCCAUUCAUCAUCUGGAACGAAGAUUAGUUACAACGUGCAGAGUUAUGGAGCCAAACCUGAUGAGAAGACCGAUUCAACAAAAGCAUUUAUGAAUGCAUGGGCUGCAGCUUGUGCUUCCACAAAGCCUGUCAUGAUAUAUGUGCCACAAGGAAGGUAUUUAAUAGGAAGUGUGGCAUUUUGGGGACAAUAUUGCAAGAAUAAAGCUACUACAAUAAAGAUUGAUGGUACCUUAGUGGCUCCCUCUGAUUAUAGAGUUAUAGGUAAUACUGGAAAUUGGAUAAAGUUUGAGAGAGUCAACGGACUCAAAAUUUCUGGUGGAACUUUUGAUGGUCAAGGUGCUGGUCUUUGGGCUUGUAAAACCUCAGACAAAAGUUGUCCUCCUGGUGCAACGACACUUGCCUUUUACAAUUCAAACAACAUAGUGAUAAGUGGAUUGACUUCAUUAAAUAGCCAGAUGUUCCAUGUGGUUAUAGAUGGGUGCCAAAAUACUAAGCUACAGGAAAUGAAAAUUUCAGCCUCAGCUAGUAGCCCAAACACUGAUGGGAUUCACAUAGAAGGUUCUUCUGGUGUCACCAUUUUGAAAACUGUAAUUGGUACUGGCGAUGACUGUGUAUCAAUAGGCCCUGGCACCUCCAACAUAUGGAUUGAAAAUGUCUCCUGCGGCCCUGGUCACGGCAUAAGCAUUGGAAGUUUAGGCUGGAGUAUGCAAGAACCUGGAGUUCAAAAUGUCACAGUAAAGACCACUACAUUUAGAGGUACUCAAAAUGGUCUGAGAAUAAAGACAUGGGCAAGGCCUAGCAAUGGAUUUGUGAAGGAUGUUGUCUUUCAACAUUCUGUGAUGGUUAACGCCAGAUACCCCAUCUUAAUUGACCAAGAAUAUUGCCCUGAUCAAAAGAAUUGUCCUGGCCAGGUAUCAGGAGUUAAGAUACGCGAUGUAACAUAUCAAGACAUUCAUGGAACAUCAGCAUCCCAAGUUGCUUUGAAACUUGCUUGUAGUAAGGCUUAUCCGUGCCAAGGGAUUAGACUGGAAGAUGUAAAUCUAACCUUUAAAAAUCAACAAGCACAAGCAUUAUGCUCCAAUGCUGUUGGAACUUCCUAUGGUGUAAAUAAACCAGAAAGUUGUUUGUAG